AUGGCCAACCAGAUCGCAAUGGAAAGAUCAGCUUGUGAUCUGUGUCACACAAGAAAGGUGAAAUGCGAUCGGCUGGACCCUUGUAUGAAUUGCGUGGAUGCUCGUGCGGAAUGCCGACGAACCCGACCCAGACGCAGCAUGCGUCCCAGGGUUUCCCGAAUUGCCGGACUGUCGGAGAGGCUAUCGACUCUUGAGCAUGUUGUUUCCUACCCUUCAAGUGCUGCAGCCACCUCUUCACGGAGCUAUGCUCGAUCCCAAGCUUGGGAAUCAAAUAGUGCCAGAACAGAUCAGCCCAUAUCGUCUAGUGUUCCAGAAACUGUUAUCUGGAAUCUGAAUUCCGUGAAAAGGGAGACUCCUUGUCAGAGGGUCUCCGAGUCUCCAGCUGUGAGCGAGGACACGCCUAUUCACCAAGUCAGCGAGGCACGACGGUCAAUCCAACAGGAAUUGCAAAAUAGCAAUCAUCUAUCUCCCCAGAGGCGUACGGUUCUGGAGAACGCCUUAUUGCUGGUCAACAAGAUAACCGCAUCUUCCACAGAGCCUAAGGUUUUCAGUGGGAACCCGAGAUGUGCAGACGACCAUGACGCAUUUGUCCGGGAAGAGUUCUCUUUAGAAUUGUACCUUAUGAUGUCUAUGGAUAUAUCACAUCAGCACUCCGCUCAGAGACACUUCUACUGGCCCGACCAUAUAUCGAUCAGAUGCCUAGAGCACAUGAGCCUCUCGCUUGCAGAGGGCAAACUAGAUCGGCAGACAUCUCUGCAUUAUCAGGUUUGCGUUUACACCAAAGCACUGUUCUUUCUCGCCCGCGUACCGCAGCAGCGCUUGGGCCCGCGGCUCCGCACACACAUCAAAAAGACCCAAGAGCGAUACGCGUCCGCGGCUUUGCGGGCAUUGGAUCAGAUAAAUUUUGUUGGUACAUAUUCUAUCACUCUGGUUCAGGCCUUACUAUCGGCCGCACUCCUGCACCAAAUGCAGGGAUAUCCAACACGAGGCUGGACUCUCACGGCGUUCGCUUCGCAAAUACUUGUUGCCAUGAACUAUCAUACAAUCAGAGACGAUACUCCAGUUCGUUGUCAAGAGGAUCAAGAUGCUCGUUUCUGUCUUUUUUCUUGCUUCUACCUUGACAAAAUGCUGAGCAUGCUGCUGCUUCGCCCUCCUUCAUUGCCAAGGCUGAAACUCAACCCAGCGUCAUUAAUUCCGAUGGAAAGUGGCGCUCUCAGCCUGAUUGUCAAAACAAUGGUUGAGCUUGCUCAGAUUCAAGAAGCUGCAAUGGAUGUAGUCCAUAGGAAUCAUGGCCUCAGUGAUAUCAGCGACGUGGACACAACCCUUGACGCAGCCAUACAAAAUCUCGCUUCUUUGCGAGGCGUGAUUGACGAGCGAUGCCGUGAUUCUAGUUCUGCUUUACAGGUGGAAUGGAUUGCAACUGAGUUCCGAUAUCAUGCCAUUAUGGCAACAUUACUACACCUUAGCCCUAGGGUGCAAGCUCAACCUCAGGCUCGCGAAGAAUGCCUAGAACAAGCCCGCCACGCCUUCCAGGCCUUGAGACGAAUACACAAAUUACUCAACGAGGAUGAUAGCUUUGUCGGUACCUAUUCAAUGUUUUUAUCAGGGACCGUGCUUUCCUAUCCCAUGACUCCAUUUUACCUCUUGUUCUGCAAUGUGGUCGGAACCUCUAAUACGGAAGACUACCAACUUAUGCAUGAAACUACCAGAGGGCUGCAUCACUUUAUAGACACCAAUCCUCCUAUCUCCAAGCUAUACCACUUGUUUACCACGUUUCUCAACUUAUGCAGUCCGCUUAUGCAAGGAGACGGCAGCGUUAACUCGAUGGCUAUGCCACUGGACGAGACUAACUUGACUACGAUGCCAUCGAGUUCCGAAGCGGAAGUAAGUAUUCCGCAGGUUGAUGCUGAUAAUUACAUAUAUGAUAGCGCAACUCGCAGUGGUAUUGUCGAUGACGGGGCCAUAAAUCCAAAUAUGGUAUCCAACUGGAACAACGCGCAGAUGUGGGAGUUAUUCGGCGUCCAGCCUUCCCUUGAGUGGGUAGAUUCUGAGGUUUCUCACGUCAUACCGGAACGCUACCAAUAG